CCAGAUCACCUCUGCCCAUUGUCUUGUUCUGUUCUGUUCUUUGUAAGCACUUACAUUCUGAACUAUUCACUGGGUGUCCUUUUCUUUACGUAAUUUGCCUGUGUACCAAGCUAGAUUUUAAGUCCCGUAAGGGCAGGGAGAACUUCUCUCUCAUGUGUGUAACCUCAGCACCAGGCACCCAACAGUAGGCAUUGUCAAGUAUCAGAGCAGGUAAAGGACAAAAGUUGCUAUCAGUGGGCUAGGGAGCAGACAGACCCAAGAACCAACUGACUUGCAGUGGUUUGCUUUGCUCCCCAGGGGGCUGUUGUGGUUCCGACUAUAAACAGUACGUGUUUGGCGGCUGGGCCUGGGCCUGGUGGUGUAUCUCCGACACUCAGAGACUGUCUCUGGAGGUUAUGACCAUCCUGUGUCGCUGUGAGAAUAUUGAGACGUCGGAGGGGGUUCCACUAUUCGUAACAGGGGUUGCACAGGUGAAGAUCAUGACAGAGAAGGAACUCCUGGCUGUGGCUUGUGAGCAGUUUCUGGGUAAGAAUGUGCAGGACAUCAAAAACGUCGUCCUGCAGACCCUGGAGGGACAUCUGCGCUCCAUCCUCGGGACUCUGACAGUGGAGCAGAUUUAUCAAGACCGGGACCAGUUUGCCAAGCUGGUGAGGGAGGUGGCUGCCCCUGACGUUGGCCGCAUGGGCAUUGAGAUCCUCAGCUUCACCAUCAAGGACGUGUAUGAUAAAGUGGACUAUCUGAGCUCCCUGGGCAAGACACAGACUGCUGUGGUACAGAGAGAUGCUGACAUUGGUGUGGCCGAGGCUGAACGGGACGCAGGCAUCCGGGAAGCUGAGUGCAAGAAGGAGAUGCUGGAUGUAAAGUUCAUGGCAGACACCAAGAUUGCUGACUCUAAGCGAGCCUUUGAGCUGCAAAAGUCGGCCUUCAGUGAGGAGGUUAACAUCAAGACAGCCGAAGCUCAGUUGGCCUACGAGCUGCAGGGGGCCCGUGAGCAGCAGAAGAUCCGGCAGGAAGAGAUUGAGAUUGAGGUUGUGCAGCGCAAGAAGCAGAUUGACGUGGAGGCGCAGGAGAUCCUGCGCACGGACAAGGAGCUCAUCGCUACGGUGCGCCGGCCUGCCGAGGCCGAGGCCCACCGGAUCCAGCAGAUCGCCGAGGGUGAAAAGGUGAAGCAGGUCCUCUUGGCACAGGCAGAGGCUGAGAAGAUCCGCAAAAUCGGGGAGGCGGAGGCAGCAGUCAUCGAGGCGAUGGGCAAGGCGGAGGCUGAGCGGAUGAAGCUCAAGGCAGAAGCCUACCAGAAAUACGGGGAUGCAGCCAAGAUGGCCUUGGUGCUGGAGGCCCUGCCCCAGAUUGCUGCCAAAAUUGCCGCUCCACUUACCAAAGUCGAUGAGAUUGUGGUCCUCAGUGGGGACAACAGCAAGGUGACAUCAGAAGUGAACCGACUGCUGGCCGAGCUGCCUGCCUCUGUGCAUGCCCUCACGGGCGUGGACCUAUCUAAGAUACCCCUGAUCAAGAAGGCCACCGGUGUCCAAGUAUGAGGCUCCUGCAGGCACACUCUCUUCGGCAGCCACCCGGCCCUCCCUCCAGCACCCGUUUUAAUCCCACAGGAACAACGGGAAUGUUACUGACUGGUGCCUUAUCUUGAAGGGACCAGAAGUGCUGUGUGUUCAGGCCAUCUCUGGCUGCCUUCCCAUCUCUCCUGUCUCUGUCCACCUCUUCCUCUCCUUUACCCCACGUUCACUGCCACUUUCAUCGGGUUUGUCUCUCAUCUCCCUGUGUCUUCCUUUGUCUUUUUCUCUCCCCCCAUGCACAACAUGUAGUAUAAGCUGAAGAUGUUUAUUACAAUCACUCUCUGUCUAUGGGGGGUGGCCCCGCUGCUCCUCAGAAUCCUGGUGCCUUGAAGUUCUCUGUGUAUCUGUCCGUCCUCCCUAGGGCCCUGGCCAGAACUCAGCAUGGGCAGGGGUUCUGGGUAGGACGGUCACUGUCCCCUCUCCUGGACUUAUCUUCCCAGCCCUAAACCCUGCCCCAGGAAGCCCACAACCUCAGCUGCUGAUGCCCCUCUAGGCCUGGGCAGCCAUGGCCUAUAGGGUCCAGAACCACUGUCCUUCCCCUCAUCUGCCCCAGGCCCCGGCUGGCACUCAUACCCUGUAUUCUUUCCUACUGCCUUAGGAGGCCCCUGCUUGUGCUCAGGGAAGGACUCUUCAUGGGCAUGUUCCUGCUGGGGCAGUGGGGCUUGGUCCCAACUCUGCUAAGUUUUCUGAGAUCAGAGUCUAGCCCUGUUGGGGACAGAAAAGUAUGUAGACCUUCCUGCUAGGGCUGCAGUGUCCUGGGUUUUGGGCCCUUCCAGUGGGCAAGGCUGUGCCAACCCUGUACAGAAUCGAGGGCUAUAGCCUGGCCAGACCCCAGAGCCCUUGUGCUAUCUUUCUUCCUGGCCAGAGUGAUAGGAUUCCAGUCAUAAGGAAGCAGCCCAAUCCUCUGCCUCCUUGCUCCAAUGGAGGCAGAAGAGCCCAGGACACAAGCGUCCUGGCAGGGGUGCUGUGGGUGUCCAGUGGUCCCGGCUCCCCACCCUGGCCCUGCCCCAGCCUGUGUAGCUCUUCCUGCAUGUGGAUGCUGCAUGUCUGGUCUGGGGCUUGGAUGUUGCACUGCCCCACUGCCUGUCCCUUCUGGUAAAAUAAAGAUUUCUUAAUGCCCACGCCAGCAUUGUGUCUUCUGUGAGGAGAGAGACUGAGAGCCAAGAACCAACCAGGUCCCUCCCCUUCUUUAGCAUCAAGGCAGCUUUUAGCCUGUUCUUCCCCACCCUAGCCACUGGGGGGCAACAGCACACUGGCCUUGCCCCUAGUAGAGCCUUGGGCAUGACUGAUUGGCCAAGAUGCUGAGGCCAGACCCCAACCCUGGAACACCUAGUUCCAUCACAGGCAGAAGGUGGAGGGGGCGAGCAGGGUGCAGUUGCAUACACCUGUAGUCCCAACUACUCAGGAGGCUGAGAUGAGAGAGGAUUGCUUGAGCCUAGGAGUUUGAGGCCAGCCUGGGCAACAUAGCAAGACCCCAUCUCUUAACAAAACAAAAGUUGGAGGAAGCUGUCAGGUUCACUGCACCUCUGUACCAGUGUACUGAGCCCUACUCAGUAAUGGAGCCCAUCUCUCAGGCUUAAGAGCUUAGAUUCUGAAGUAAGGCAGUUUUGGUUUAAAUUUCAGCUUUUUGUUUAUAGCCAUUACUG